AUGAUUUUCCUGUGUGUUGGGCCCAGUUUUGGUGUCCUCAUUGAUGGAUUCAAUUAUGAUCUUCCCGGACGUUUUCUAUUCAUAUGUAAAUUUCGUUCAUAUUUGGCACAAAUUAGUGGAAUGUGCACAUUGACAUUUAUUAUUCUGCCAACUAUUGAUUGCUAUCUCAAAUUGACCACACAUUUAACAUUCACAACAAAGUAUGCAUGCCGUCUUAUUAUCGGUACAAUCGUGUUUUGGGUAGUUCAAUCGAUUCCAACUUUCAUCUAUUUUCAAAUAGACACAACAACACAAAAAUGUCAUCCUAAACCAGGCAUCUUUUCAAUUUAUCAUGCCGUUUUUCUGCUCAUUGUAUUUAGUCUUAUUCCGUCAUCGUUAUUAUCAAUAUUUGCUUCCCUCACUGUUUAUAAUUUACGUAAAGUUCAUGAUCGUAUUCCACCAUCUAGAACAAACAAACGAAUACAAGAUGUCAACAGAGAAUUAACUCGAAUGCUGUUUGUUCAAGUUGGUCUGAUUAUUUUUGCUUCAAUUCCUUUUGCUUGUCAAAAUAUUUACGGGCUAAUUACUGUUAACAAUAUCAAAAGUGAAAACCGUCUAGCAUGGGAACAUUUCGCACAUAUUCUAUCCGAAUUAUUAAUUGACGUUUACUGUUCGACAGACUUUUAUCAACAUAUUUGUCUGUCGCCAAUGUUUCGAAAAUAUUUUUGUGCUACAGCAAGAAAUGUACCAUUUGUAAAAUGUUAUGCCACAGUCGGGCGUUAUCAUCGGACACGGCAAAAAACUGAAACGUAG